AACAGUUUGACACUAAGCGGCCACCGUAUGAUAGCAACCGUAUCAUAACAAGUCAAAUAUCAUUUAGUGUUUUUAUUUGAACGUUCAAAGUAGCUCACUUUUGCAGUUUUUCAACCGAAGUGCGGACGAGAAUGAUGUCUUCCUUGAAAACGACUGUUUUCCUCAAGAAAAUCGACUGGCUCCUGCCAAAUGGGGCAGUCAGUGUUCGGAUUGCUCCGGAAACCACCCCUGGUUCCAUUAGCCCUGGACCAACCCAUAACCGCAAUGGAGGCCGUCGGAGAAAAUGCCGCACUGGGCCGCCGGCAUCCGACCCCCUGACCGUGUCUGCCGUCAUCGGAUCUACUCCCCUCCCGGUGGCAGCCAGCAGGAGUCAGCCGGGCACAGCGCGUGGCAGAAAGACGACGAGUGGCCUAUCGGGACCAAGGAGGAAACGUAAACGACGGAAGGGGCCAUAUACGAAGAACUUACGGAAGCUGCCUUUCUCCAGUAACCCCUUCGAUUCGACCUAUGUGGACGACAAGAUCUCGUGCGAGGACGUCACCCAGAGUGACGAUGAGAUUGCCACCAUCCUGCACCAAGCCCCAUCAGUGUUGCAGCCGGAGCCCUGCUCACCAGCCUUGUCAUCAACUUCCUUCUUGUUUCCCUCACCUGUCCCAUCCUCUUUUGUUUCAUCUCCUUCUCCAUCUUUUUUAAUGGAUUCUGCUCCUUCUUCCCCAAGCGUAGCCUCACCAGUUAGCCCAGCUCCAGAACCAUCUUCAGCUCCAGCCAAAGUUCAUCCCACCCCCCUUCCUCAUGUUCCAGUGCAGGAUACGGCCCCCUCAUCUCAGCAGUUUAUGUCCCCUUCUGUUGUUAUUGCUAAAAUGGAAAGAUUCGAUUCGUUGCAUAACUACUAUAUAAGCAACUACAAUAAGAUGACCUAUGAUGCCAGGUGCCUCGCUUAUUUCUGGUGCCAGCAGUUCUGGAACGAAUUCAUGAGCUCAGUUCACAUCUGCAAGCAACAGAGGAAUCGAAACUCUGAGAGGCAUAGACUUGAUGAAGAUGAGGUCAAAUUACCUAGUGAUGCGCUGGACCAAUUAGGUGACAUCCAAGGGGUUCUGGAAAUGGCUGUGGAGAUGGGCUUUCUAUCAGAUGUAAAUAGCUACAUUUUACAUAACAUAAGAUAGGUAAAGGUAUGUCUAAGAAACGAUUUUAUAACAUAGGAUAUGACAAAAUCAAGAUAUGUAUAAGAUAACAAAGGAUUAGAUUAAGAUAAAAAGUUGAGAUAAGGUUAAGACAAGGUUAUAUAACAUAACAUAGGUUAAGAUAAGUUUGUAUAACAUCAGAUAACAUAGGAUGCGAUAAAAUUAGGAUAAGGUUAGGAUGAGAUUGUAUAGCAUGAAAUAUAUAAGGAUAGGAUAGGUUAAGAUUGUAUAACAUCAGAUAACAUAGGAUACAAUAAAAUUAGGAUAGGAUAAGGUUAGGAUAAGAUUGUAUAGCAUAAAAUAAUUUAUAAUAAGAUUAGAAUAGGUUAAGAUAAGGUUAAGAUUGUAUAACAUAGGAUACAAUAAAAUUAGGAUAAGAUUGUAUAGCAUAAAAUAACCUAUCCUAUCCUUAUUAUAAAUUAAGAUAAAAUUUUGUGACAUAAGAUAACCGGAUAAUAUAGAAAUAACAUAGGCUAUAGCAUAGGUUCCUAUUUGUAAUUAUUGUGUUUCUGUUAAAUAAAUAUGAAUAACUUUGCAUUCA